UUUCGCCUUAUAAUUCUCUUUCACUCGUUCGACGCGAAGAGAAGAAAAAAGAUAAAUCUAAAAGGGUUCGAUUUGCCACGCAAUGUCUGGAGAAGAAGAAGAGAACGCCGCCGAGCUCAAGAUCGGAGACGAGUUUUUGAAGGCGAAGUGCUUAAUGAACUGUGAAGUGUCUUUGAUCCUCGAGCACAAGUACGAACAGCUUCAGCAAGUCUCCGAGGAUCCUAUGAAUCAAGUUUCUCAAGUGUUUGAGAAGUCCUUGCAGUAUGUGAAGCGAUUUAGCCGCUACAAGAAUCCAGAUGCUGUUAGACAAGUUCGAGAAAUCCUGAGUAGACAUCAGCUCACUGAGUUUGAGCUUUGUGUUCUUGGCAAUCUCUGUCCUGAAACUGCUGAAGAAGCAGUGGCUAUGGUUCCCUCCCUCAAGACAAAAGGAAGAGCUCAUAGUGAUGAAGCAAUUGAGAAGAUGCUCAAUGAUCUCUCUCUUGUCAAGAGAUUUGAGUAGUUCAUAAAAAUUCUCAAGAUCUAAGAUCAUGAACCGAUUAGUAUUUCAGGGUGUUGUAUUCGCCUUUAAGCUGAUGUCUUGAGUUAAUUUUUCAUGUCAGAAAUUAUAACGCUCUCAUGGCCAGAAUCUCUGGAACGAUACCUUCAUGAGUUCAUGUUUAAUGAAUGUAGUUUACAAUGGAUGA